UCUUGGCUUUCUAAGAGAGAAAACAAUUGGCUCUUCCAUAUGAGAUAGCUGGAAGAGGAGAGUUUGAUAUUAACCAUGUGGAUGAGGGUGUUGAAAGGAAGGGGGGUGGAUUCGGCAGCCAUGGGUGGUGACGACGCUAGUUCGCUGGUUCAGGGAAAUGGUAGAUUCGGCAGCCAUGGGUGGUUACGAUGCUAGCUCGCUGGUUCAGGGGAAUGGUAUGCAGCGAUGGAGAUUCAGCAAUGGCAGUGGGCAUUGACGGUAACGGCAGCGGGCGUUGACGGUGAGCGCAUCGUGGACGCAGCGCUGACGGAGAUUCAGCGACAUCAGUGGGCGUUGAUGGCGCUGGUUAUCGGAGUGCGGCGCUGGUUCGCUGGUUCAGGGAGUGCAGUUCUGGUGGCAGAGUUGUGGGCAAAGGAGAGGUCGGAGGCGGGUUGCUAGUGUUGUGACGGUUUUGAAUUUGCGGAGGCCAUAGACAGUGUCGCUGACAUUGCAAUGACUCUGAAUCUGCAGAGGCUGGCUGUGACGACGGUUCUACAGUCUUGAUUCGGAGUGAUUGUGCAGGGUGGUGGCUGGUUGCGGCGACGGCUCCGAGGAGGGAAAGGGAGUCCGUGCGGCACUGGGAAAGAUGGGAGAAAAGAAAUUAGCUAGGGUUGCGGCAACGGUUCCGAGGAGGGAAAGGGAGUCCAUGCGGCACUGGGAAAGAAGAGAGAAGAAAUUAGCUAGGGUUGCGGUAGUGGCAGCGGCGCUAAACGAAAAUUAGGGAGGAUCGUUUAGGCUAUGAUACCACGAGAAGUUUCCUUUGGUCCAGAUCAAGAUGACAAUGUGACAUUUAACAAUGAGUCCAGCUCAAAGAAAUGGAUGAAAAUCGUUGUCCCUGUGGCAGCAGCAGGGGUGUUGCUCUUGGGCCUUGUCCUAUUAUUAUAUGUCUGUGGAAAGAAGAAGCACCAACAGAGAGAUGGAAAGGUGGGAUGCAAUAUUGAGAGGGAAUUUUUGGAGCUACCAUUGUUUGACUUUGCUACUAUAGUGAAUGCUACUAAUAACUUUUCCGUUAAAAACAAACUUGGAGAAGGUGGUUUUGGACCUGUCUACAAGGGUGUGCUUAAAAAUGGGCAAGAAAUAGCUGUGAAGAGGCUUUCGAAGAGUUCUGGUCAAGGAUUAGAUGAAUUCAAGAAUGAAGUUUUGUACAUCGUCAAACUUCAGCAUAGAAAUCUUGUCAAGCUUUUGGGAUGCUGCUUUCAAGCAGAUGAAAAGAUGCUGGUCUAUGAAUACAUGCCUAACAACAGCCUGGAUUCUUUUAUUUUUGAUGAAAGAAAAGGCAAAGCAUUGGAUUGGCCAAAGCGCUUCCAGAUUAUCAAUGGCAUUGCUCGGGGGCUUCUUUAUCUUCAUCAGGACUCUAGACUAAGAAUAAUCCACAGAGACCUUAAAGCUAGCAAUGUUUUACUAGACAAUGAUAUGAACCCAAAAAUUUCGGACUUUGGGGUGGCUAAAAGUUUUGGGGGAAACGAGACUGAAGCAAAGACAAAAAGAGUCAUAGGAACAUAUGGUUAUAUGUCUCCAGAAUAUGCAAUCAGUGGGGUUUACUCAGUGAAAUCUGACGUGUUUAGCUUUGGCGUUAUGGUUUUGGAGAUAGUAAGUGGAAGGAGAAACAGUGGCUUCAAUCAUCCAGAUGACCUCCUUAACCUUAUUGGGCAUGCAUGGAAAUUGUAUAUGGAAGGUAGACCUCUAGAACUAAUUGAUGCAUCACUAUGGAACUCGUGCAAUUUGUUUGAAGUGUUGCGGACAAUCCAUCUGGGUUUAUUAUGCGUGCAAAAGCAUCCAAAAGAUAGGCCAAGCAUGUCAUCUGUGGUAGUGAUUUUGGGGGGUGAGGGUGAAUUGCCUCCACCUAAAGAACCUGGUUUUUUCGAUGGAAGUGAUCUGCAUGGAGCAAGUUGUCUGUUAACGAAGCAUGAACCUUGUUCCGCUAGCAAGGUGACCAUUACCCUAUUGAAGGGUCGAUAGAGGACGUUUCAUGUUUAUAUAACAUAUUUUCAAACAAGGACGAUUGUUGUUUAAUUUUGUUGAUAUUAAGCAUAUUGAGGUUACUAUUAGAAAAAGUGUAAUGUGUGACUGAUUGCUUUUCUUUGGAUUACAUAAUUGAUCCAUAUUUAACUUA